UAUCAAUUUGACCGUUUUAUAGGAAUUUUUGGCGAAGUGUCGCGGGUCGCAAGAACUCAUAUAUGCCAAAAUUCCAUGGGCAUCUGCAGGCGCUGAACGGUCGCGCAAUGAGCGAGAAAGGGAUGCAGAAGGAAGUGGACAUACGAAAUCGCAGCCUGAUGUCCAAAUCAGCUUUCUGCCAAGUCGAGAUUACCAUGGCAUGGGUGCCUAUGCGGAUAGAGAGGAACUGACUUUGGAGGAGGAGCUUCUUUAUGCGUUGCUUGAUGCGAAUGAAGUACUGAUCAUGGCGUUGAGAAUGUAUGAUGAUGUUAUACGGGUUGCAGAGGAGUCGGUGGCUUUUGAGAUUAGUAGCAGGGAUUUAAAGAUGGAUCCAAGACGCAUUGAAAUGGAGUAUCUCGGACAAUCUCACCAUCAUUACGGAGGAGGCUCCUCGCGCACACCAUCACCGAUAUCGCCACCUACCUCACGCACGCCAUCACCACAUACUUCAUACACGCCAUCACCACCUACAUCUCUUCGCCAACUCGAUCCUCCUCUCGUUGUUCCCUCACAAACUCAUUUCCUUCCUCGGCUCUCCCCUGCCCAUUCACACUACGGCCCACCACCACCUUACAGGAGCACAUCAGCACUACUCGCGCCACCUCCGCCUCCACCCCUGGGACCCCGUUCUCAUAUAUGCCUGCCGCACCCGCUGCUCCCGACGCCCUUACCCCCUCCAUAUAAUACAUCUCUCAUAACCGAGCGUGAAGGUCGUGGAAGAAGUCGAUAAUGAACCACACGACUCUAAUAACUUGUGCUUUGCCCCCGACACAGCGGGUGCUAUGUCCAGCCUCACCGUAUUCCCCACGCAC